AUGGCUAGCUUUUGGGUACUGUGCGGUUUGCUGAGUCUCCAUCUCGACCAUGCUUUGGCUCAGGAUGUUCUUCAAUAUGUUGAUCCGCUCAUAGGCACAGGCUUCGGAGGUUUGAAACAAGAAAAGAAGGGCGAAACCCGCUCUUAUGUUGACAAUCGCGCAGGUCAUGUCUUUGCUGGUGCUACUUUGCCUUUUGGUAUGGCCAAAGCUGUUGCAGACGUCAAUGGUGAAAACCAGGGCGGAUAUGCGAGCGACUACAGCAACAUCACAGGCUUCUCACAUAUGCACGACAGCGGAACCGGANNGGGUAAGUCACCCUCACUCGGCAACUUCCCUCUAUUUGCGCACCCAGGAUGCCAUAACGAUGAUGUGGAUGAAUGUGAAUUCACAUCUGUCGAUAGAGCUACUCCCCAGAUCAACGGCUCUAUUGUUGCAGAACCAGGAUACUUUGCAAUCACUCUUGAGAACUCUGUUCGUGCCGAAAUGACCGUGACAAAUCACACUGCCCUAUAUCGCUUCUCCUUCCCGAAGGGUACUGCAAACAUGCCACUGAGUCCGCUCAUUCUAGCAGAUCUCAUCGAUUUGCCCAAGUCUAGAAGCAAUGGAUCGAUCUCUGUGGAUCCAGAUACUGGCAGAAUAGUCGGCAAUGGAACCUUCAGCCCUAGCUUUGGCAUUGGAACAUAUGAUCUCCACUUCUGUGCCGAUUUCUCUGGCGCAAGUAUCCGCGAUACUGGUGUUUUCAUGAACAAUAGAGCCGGUUCUCAACCCAAGAACCUUAGUGUUGUCCCUGAUGGAGUGAACAACUCUCCUGACAUACUUCCUGCUGGAGCUUGGGUGCGAUUCAAUGCGCCUGAGAACAACGCCACUCAAAUUUUAGCUCGUGUCGGGUUAAGCUUCAUGAGCACUACCCAAGCAUGUGUGAAUGCUGAAAAGGAGAUUUCUACCUUCGAUUUCGACACCACUCGCUCUUCUGCGCGUCAGGCUUGGGCCGAGAAGAUGAGCGUGAUAGCAGUCACACCAGGCAGUGUCAGUGAUGAGUUUCAAACCAUCUUCUGGAGCGGACUAUACCGCGCUUCUAUCAGCCCGCAAGAUUACACCGGCGAGAAUCCGCUGUGGGACAGUUCAGAGCCUUAUUAUGACUCUUUCUACUGUAUCUGGGAUUCAUACCGUAGCAUUCAUCCUUUGAUCACGCUCUUCGACCCCCAAUCCCAGGCACUGAUGAUAAGAAGCUUACUGGACAUAUACAGACAUGAAGGCAAGCUUCCAGACUGUCGGAUGUCGUUGUGUAAAGGAUUUACUCAAGGAGGAUCUAACGCCGACGUCGUGCUGGCUGAUGCAUAUGUCAAGAACCUGACCCAAGGCAUCGACUGGGCUCUUGCUUACGAGGCUGUGGUUUCGGAUGCCGAAGACGAGCCCAAGAAUUGGGCUGUGGAGGGUCGUGGAGGCCUGACCAGUUGGAAGUCGCUAGGCUAUAUCCCUGCUGACGACUACGAUCCGUAUGGCGUCGGGCCAUUCACACGCAGUAUCUCCCGUACAGUCGAGUACGCAUACAACGACUUUUGUGUCGCAGAGAUCGCACGUGGUCUAGGACACACCUCAGACCAUGACAAGUACGUUUCACGCUCAAUCAACUGGAAGAACCUUUACAAGGAAGAUCAAAACUCCACUAUCAAUGGCACACAAACUAGCUUUACAGGGUUCCUUCAGCCCAAGUUUUUGAACGGUACUUGGGGCUAUCAAGACCCGAUUUUCUGCUCUCCUCUGCUCAACUUCACCUCUUGUUAUCUGAAUCCAGAAGGCCAUGAGACCUACGAAGGAAGUAGUUGGCUCUACACAACUUAUGUCCCUCAAGACAUGGCUUCUCUGAUCACCACUCUUGGCGGUACAGACUCGUUUGUCAAGCGUCUCGACUAUCUUCACGAGAGUGGUUUACUAUACAUCGGUGACGAGCAAGGCUUCCUUCCAGUCUAUCAAUACCAUUAUGCUGGUCGACCUGGCAAGAGUGCCGCACGAGCACACUCCUACAUCCCUUCUCAGUUCAACACAACUGUGAACGGCAUCCCUGGCAAUGACGAUUCAGGCGCUAUGGGCUCCUUUAUCGUUCUAGCCAUGAUGGGUCUCUUUCCCGUUCCAGGCCAGAACGUGUAUCUUAUUACUCCUCCCUUCUUCCUGGAAAUCAGCAUCACAAACAAGAUCUCUGGCAACAAGGCAACCAUUCGCAAUGUCAAUUUCGAUGCUGAGUAUAAGAACAUCUAUGUUCAGAAUGCUACGCUGAAUGGGGUACCAUUUACGAAGAACUGGAUUGGGCAUGAGUUUUUCGUUGAUGGGGGUGUGCUUGAAUUAACUCUUGGGCCGGUGGAGAGUGCUUGGGGUACGAGAUAUGAGGAUCUGCCUCCUAGCUUAUCUACUGGAUAA